AUAAUACCCUUAUCUAUAUAAACAAACUCCCAGCUCUGAUAUUUUCGGGCGACGGAGAGUGAAGGCGGAGGGAGAGAGAGAGAUGAUACCGCAGCAAUGGACGCCACCGUGUGGGAGUCAAUGCACGCACAAGUAUGCAGCUCUUACGCAGAUUCCAUGGAGAGUAUUCUGCAAAAAGGGAUGUGAUGCCGAUAGUGACUCAUGGGAAGAUUGUGUGUCAGAUUGCAGUGAGAUAUGCUACAAAGAUCCUGUGCUAAAAGACCGACAAUGGAGUGCUUAUAUAGAUCGUUCUCCUGGAGCUGCCAGCUACUCUGAGGAAUGCUUUCAUGCAUGUGUCGCAGGCUGUGGUUACAAGUUUGAAGUUGAAUCUGAGGAAGUCAAUAAGGUGAAACCAAAGAGACCACCACCACCGCCACCAAAGCCACAACCACCACCACGAGCUAAAAGACCAAUGCAGCCUCCUUCUGAUGAGGAUGUUCCUACAAGUUCUGCUUGACAUCAAAACGCUUUGUGAACUAACUUCUCAAUACUCUUCAAACAUUUGGUAAUCUGACAUGAGGGAGUAUUAAUGUUAGUGGGCCUCGUCCCAUGGAUGGACCUUGUGACCUUUUAGUCCAUAAGGCAUAUUAAUGAAACUAGAUAUUGAUA